AUGGCAUAUGAUCUUGGUAGACACGGAAGUUCCGACAUUUCAACACACUUGUCCCCCUUGAAAGAAGUAAAGGACUUCUUCCUCACGCACUCUGCGCCAGUCCUUCGCACUUCUCGUCUCAUUGUCGCGUAUGAGAAAGCAGGUCGUUCCAGUCAAGUGGCUGUGAAGGAGCGCUCUGCUGCAGCGGUUCUUAUGAUGAGUAUUCUGGGCUUCUUUUCCAUAUUUCUGAAGACGUGUAUGACAGAAGCUGGUCUCCAGCGACACACAGGCUUCGCUCGCCCCCUACUCCUCUCGACAUUCUUCUCCAUCAGCGGCGUCUGUUUUGGUUGCUCUCUAGGUGUGGCUUCCGCGUGUCUGCUCCCCCUCUGUUCGGUUUGUGUGCCGCGGCCGUCCGGAAGUCGAUGUUGUACAGCAGUGCAUUGGAGAGGGGAUACGGCGCCAGAUGAAGAGCAUCUACUUUUUGGCAAAAGUCUUCACAUCAGAUACCAAAAAUGUAUAACGGACAGCGAGUUGUGUUUCAUCAACUCGCGCCUGAAACGCAGCCAUGCUUGUGCAACUGUGGUGAUGAGAUUGCGAGGUUCCAUAACCAUUGAAGGCGUGCUUAUCCACGCGAGUGAUGCUUGUUAUGUGAGAUUAAUCAAAACACGUGACGAAUUGUUAACUAAUACAGAAGUAUAG